UCCAUAUCACUACCGAGCCAAGACGUGUCUUGUCACUAGUUUAUUAUCCAAUAAAUAGUAUUAGAGUGUGUAUUUCGGGAUAUGUUGUGACUCGUGCAUACGUUUCACCAUAUUCGUAAUAAGUUGUAACUUCUCCAGAAUUGUAUUAGUAAUUUUAAUUAAUCAGUGUUAGUUAGCUUCAUUAUUAUUUUUAUUGAUUAACUCUAUUUUAACGAACAAUGGCCGAAGUCGUAGACGAUAUAAUUAAAACCUUAAACGAAACAAAUGGUACGGACACAGAAAAUGUUCUCAAAAAAAUACCAGCCACCACUGAAGGCAUGCUGAUUGCUUACACCAGUUUAGUGGUUAUGGCUUUAGUGCCCAUAUUCUUUGGCUCGUUUAGAUCAGUAGAACUACAGAUUAAAAAUAAAUUGAAAAAAGAAGUACCAGAGUCUAUGACAGAAAAAGAUGCUAUGAUGUUUCCAGUAAUUGCUAGUGGAGCACUCUUUACGCUCUACAUAAUUUUUAGGGUAUUUUCUAAGGAACACAUAAAUCUAUUAGUGACUCUAUAUUUCUAUGUACUUGGAGUGGCAGCUUUAAAUAAUAUAUUAGGUUCUAAAUUCAGCGCUAUAUUACCAAAAAGUAUACCUAAAACUAAAUACCAAUUGCAGUUUACUGAAAGCUCUAGUGAAAAAAAACAUGAUUGGAUAAAUGUAAAAUUUACAUUACAUGAUGUAUUAUGUUUGGUGUUAUGUGCAACUUUAGGAACAUUUUAUUUAUAUAGCAAGCAUUGGAUUGCAAACAAUAUAUUUGGAUUGGCAUUUGCUAUAAAUGGAAUAGAAUUAUUACACCUCAAUACCAUUAAAAUUGGAUGUAUCCUCUUAUGUGGUUUAUUCGUCUAUGAUAUAUUUUGGGUGUUUGGUACCAAUGUUAUGGUUACUGUAGCUAAAUCUUUUGAUGCUCCUAUCAAACUUGUAUUCCCUCAGGAUUUAUUAGAAAAUGGAAUUUUGGCCGCUAAAAAUUUUGCUAUGUUAGGAUUAGGUGAUAUUGUUAUUCCAGGAAUAUUUAUUGCAUUCAUGUUGAGAUUUGAUCAAAGUUUAAAACGUAAGACAAAUACAUAUUUCAAUGCAACAUUUUUGGCGUAUUUUUUGGGAUUACUUACCACUGUAUUUGUCAUGCACGUAUUUAAAGCAGCUCAGCCAGCUUUAUUAUACUUGGUACCUGCAUGUUUAAUUACUCCUAUGUUGGUGGCUUUAGUAUGUGGAGAUUUUAAAACCUUAUUCAGUUAUGAAGAUCAUAAAAUGGAACCAGAAAAAGCUUCCAAAAAAUCGAAAUAAAUUAAAUACGUUGUCAUCAUAAUGUACAAAUUGGAUAUUCCGUUUUCCAUUAAAUUUAAUAUUGAAAAAGUAAUAACUUUUAUACAUGACACUUAAAAUCAAAUUUUAUAAGAUCAUUCAUUAUAAAUUUCCUGACAAAUAUAAAUGUAUAAAUCAUUUGUCAGGACAAUGACAUACAAAACAAAAUUUAAAUGUUAAAGCGUACUUAUUCAAUUUACUACUAUUUAAAAUCAUUUUACUUGUUUAUGUCAUUUAUUGUUGGUUGUACAACGUAUUAAACUUUCUUCCUAAUUAUAGCUUUAUAAAUGUUUUUAUGCGUGUGAUGUACUUUUUUAUUCUAAACAAGGUAAUUCAUAGUUUUGAAUGUGGAUUGAAAUUCACAUAAUUUACAUAAAUAUUUACUAAUAACUUUAUUAGAUAAAUUCUUAUAAAAUGUAAGUUAUUUUCCAUCUGUUUUAAUUAAAUUUUUUUGAAAAUAUGUUUAUGUUCUUCUAAUUAAGAAUUAGUUUUGAUCUCAGUUUCGUUUUUUAAAUUGUUUUUACAUUUUCUCAGAAUGCUAUUACAAUUUACCAUAUUACCAUCUAUUAAUAAAAUCAUAUUUUGUAAAAUAUCAUACAUCUAAAAUACCAGUGUGUAUAUAUGUACAUUAUAUAUAUAUAUUAUACAUUCUAUGAUCAGUAAUUAACUGUAAUUGUUUGAAUUUGAUGUCUAAUUUAUCUUAAGUUAAAAUCUGUACAAUAAUAAUGUUAAAUAAAAAUACAUUUGUUUUUUUUUUAUCUGUUUGAAGACCUGUUGAAUAUAUUUUGUUCUUAUGAUUUAUUAUCUAAAAUACAUAAUAUUAUUACA